AGUGAAAGUUGGCAUCUGAAGGGCCGUGACUAACCCAAGCUUUAUAUCUAUGAAUGUGACCUAUAAUUAAACCAAUUAUUCAGUUUAAUUUAAUUCGUACAUAGUUGCAUGUUUACUUCAGUCUGUGCAAAGGAUGGGAGGACAAGGUGAUGCUAAUCUGUUUUCCCCUUGGGAUUAUGUUGUGUUUGCUGCAGUUUUACUCAUCUCUGCAAUUAUUGGGGUAUAUUAUGCAUUUGCUGGAAGAAGGAAAAGCACAUCCGAUGAAUUCCUGACUGGAGGGAGAAGCAUGAGUGCUUUGCCGGUAGCCCUGUCUCUCACCGCCAGCUUCAUGUCUGCAGUGACAGUCCUGGGGACUCCAGCUGAUAUCUAUCGCUUUGGUGCAAUAUACAGCAUGUUUGCCUUCUCCUAUGUUUUGGUUGUUAUCAUCUGCGCAGAGAUCUUCCUCCCUGUCUUUUACAGACUGAACAUUACAAGCACAUAUGAGUAUUUAGAACUUCGCUUUAAUAAAUGCGUUCGGAUCCUGGGCACGGUCAUCUUUAUCAUAGAAAUGGUUUUAUAUACUGGUAUUGUGAUCUAUGCACCUGCACUUGCACUGAAUCAAGUUUCAGGAUUUAACCUCUGGGGAGCCAUGACCGCAACAGGCCUGGUCUGCACUUUCUACUGUACAAUGGGCGGCAUAAAAGCUGUAAUAUGGACAGAUGUCUUCCAGAUAGUCAUAAUGGUGGCAGGAUUCGUAGCCGUCAUUAUCCGAGGAGUGGUAGUUCAAGGAGGAAUACAGACAAUAAUAAAUGAUUCCUAUUAUGGAGGAAGACUGAAUUUCUGGGAUUUUGAUCCUCAGCCUUUGAGAAGACAUACAUUUUGGACGAUCCUGAUUGGGGGGACAUUUUUAUGGGUUGGAAUUUAUGGUGUUAAUCAGUCUCAAGUGCAAAGAUACAUCUCCUGUAAAACCAAAGGCCAAGCAAAACUGUCCCUGUAUCUAAACCUUAUAGGACUAUUGAUUAUCUUAGCCUGUGCUGUCCUGUGUGGCCUCAUUCUGUAUUCCGUAUAUAAAGACUGUGACCCGUGGACAUCAAACAUUAUAUCAGCUCCAGAUCAGCUCAUGCCAUACCUUGUUCUGGAUAUUCUUAAGGACUAUCCGGGAGUUCCAGGCCUAUUUGUGGCUUGUGCUUACAGUGGCACACUAAGUACUGUAUCAUCCAGUAUCAACGCAUUAGCUGCCGUAACAAUUGAAGAUCUAAUUAAGCCUUAUACGAAUCUCUCAGAAAAUAAAUUAGCAUGGACAUCCAAAGGAAUGAGUGCACUUUAUGGGAUACUUUGCAUUGCAAUGGCUGCUGUAGCAUCUUUUAUGGGAAGUGUCAUACAGGCAGCAUUAUCUAUAUUUGCCAUGGUUGGGGGGCCUCUGCUUGGACUCUUUUCCCUAGGACUGUUUUUUCCUUUUUGCAAUCCAGUGGGUGCAGUUGUAGGACUUUUCUUUGGAUUUUCAAUGUCUCUGUGGGCUGGAAUUGGUGCCCAAUUGUACCCUCCUCUACCAGAGAGAAGUAGGCCCUUACCACUUUCUAUAGCAGGCUGCAAUUUCAGCACCACGGACACCAACUGGACUUCAACGACAACGGAAUCCACCAUGACCAUGGUAACCAACCUGAUGCCACUGGACACUAGUGAAAGGCCUGUACUAGCCGAUUAUUGGUAUUCGCUAUCCUAUUUGUAUUUUAGUACUCUGGGAACCAUUGUAACUAUACUUGUGGGUGUGAUAGUCAGUCUCCUGUCCGGUGGGCUAAAACAAAGCGUAAAUCAUGAUUACCUCUUCGGAAGACAGGAUUUUGCCUAUAACAUCUUUUCAUGCAGAAAAUCAGAAAAAGAUGCCAAAGAUCAAUGGCCGAAACCUAAUUCUGAACAAGGUCAUGAAAACCCAUCAUUUGUCAAAGAUGAUUUAAGCCUUUCUGAAUUUAAAUGAAUACACAAAAAGGCGCUGAAGAAUAUCAUGCAGUUGGUUAUGAGAUGAAUGGGAUUGCCUAUGAAAAUGAAAAGCUCACCUCUCAAAGUUUGCAGAAUCUAAUAGUAUUGGCAGCCACUGCCACAGGGAAGUGACAAUACAUGAGCUGGACAGUGGUGAGAGAGCCAAAUUAGAGACAUUUAUAAAUAUUUUUUUUAAAAACAGUUGUACUCCCUACUAAACAAUUGGGUUAAUUUUUGUAAAAUAUAUAUUAUAUAUAUAUAUAUAUAUAUAUAUAUAUAUAUGUAUAUCUUUUAGGGACAAUAAAACACUGAAACCUGUGGCUAAGCACUUUUUAGAAAUGGGCCAUCAUUUGCCAACCUUUAAGUAUAUUAAGUAUAUAGACCAUAGGUCCAAGAUGCAAUUACAAAGGGAAUGUUUUUGGAUUAAAAAGCUGAAUAAGAUGGCGCCACAUGGUCUCAACGAACAAAUGUCCCUUACAUGUUUUAUUAAUCAGAUAUAAAGCAUCUUGAUACAUUCUACAUAUGGUGUUUCCCUAUUAAUUUGAGUCAAGAACAUGUAAUUGAUACAUUAUAUUUCAAAUUUAUCAAUAUCUGACAAGGUAGUAACUUUGUGACUCUAUGGGGAUUAAAUGUACAUAUGUGAUACAGCAGUUGUAAGUAUAAUUUGCAAGUUUUGUAAUGUGUACACCUUGAUGUGUUUACUCAGGGGGUGGAUCUUCCAGUUUUCCACCUCCAUCAAUUAAGCAAAUGUAAUUAUAAAUUGUGCUUUGCCAUGUGGUUCUGGAUCUUGAUAAUGGUCUUAGAUCAGGACCGAAACGUUGAUCCUUUUGACUAUGUUUUUAAUAUAUAUAUAAUUUUUUUUUUAAUAUUGCAAAAUGUAUGAAUAUUGGUCAAAUAUAAAAUGUAGAAUAUCUCCUUGGUUGAUAGAUUUCUAUUGAGUUUUAAUUUAAUAAAAUGGGAACUCAACUUUUGUAUUAAAAAAAAGAUUAAUACAAAACCUCUGCUAGUUCAUGUCAAUCAAAAGAAACUGUAUUGCGGUGUACUGUACAAACAAGUGUCCUACAUAUAUAAAUGCCAUUUUGGAAUCAGAAAUUGGAGAUCAUAAACAUCUACAUACCUCCAGACAUUCCUGUUUUCAAGAUCAAGGUCUUUUCUGCUAAUGCUGACUUUUAUAAACAUUUUCAUAUAUA